AUGGCCGAAUAUCGCGCAGGAAAGGCCGGCAUCAACGCUGAAGCCCAAGCGAGGAUCAACAGCAAAUACAACGACACGAUCGCCACAGAAACCCUCGAAUGGGUCCAACAGGUCAUUGGUGAACCGAUAAACACGGCUGGAGAUGCAGAUAAUCUGUACGAGACGCUCAAAGAUGGCGCAGUGCUAUGCAAGCUUGUCAACAAAUUCCAGGAAGGCUUAGUGAAGAAGGUCAACAAAUCUGCCAUGGCUUUUAAGUGCAUGGAGAAUAUCAACGCGUUCCUGGAAGCCGCAGUAAAAUUGGGUGUACCACCUCAAGAGACAUUCCAAACGAUCGAUCUCUGGGAGAGACAGAACUUGUACUCCGUCAUCAUUUGCCUUCAGUCCUUAGGCAGAAAGGCAGGUAAAUACGGCCUCCCAGCGUUCGGGCCGAAAGAGGCAGAUAAGAACGUUCGAGAAUUCACCGAAGAACAAUUAAAAGCGGGACAGAAUGUAAUUUCUCUGCAAUACGGGACGAAUCAAGGCCAACAGUCGGGGAUCUCGUUCGGUAAUAGACGCCAAAUGUAA